AUGCCGCUGUUUGAUCGAGAUCGGUACCAGAGGCUGCCGCUAGAUAUCAGCGGUGGCGGUGGGGGCGGCGCACGGCGUCCAGCUUCGUCCUGCGCGAGCGCCACCAUCAUCCUGUUCGUGGGGCUCUGCCUCGUGGGCGCGUGGAUGAUGGCGUCCACGACCACGAGCAACGUCGCCAUGAGCGUGUCGUCCGAGAACAGCUCCGACGAGGACAUGCCCGCCGACAUGACCCGCAGCGUAGUCAAUGAAGGCGCUAACGGCGACGCGCCGCAGACAACAAAGAAUGCUGGCAAGGAGGAGGAGGACGAUGACGACGGUGGCGCCAUGCAAACGACGGAGGCUGCCGUCGACCAGAGCGGCACCGUGGUUGUCGAGCUGACGGAUGCCGCUUCCAACGGCACCCCCGUCGCCGGGGCUGGCGAAUCGCCGUCCACGAACGUGACAUUCUCCGACGAGAGCGGCAUGACGGAAGGCGGCGACGUGGCGAGGCCAGAUGAUACUUACAAGAAAGCCAAUAGUGGCACGAAGGAGGCCACGACCGGCGACCAGGCCGACAAGACCUCGGAGGAUGCGGCGACUGGCACGGAUCAGAAGGGCGGCGACAAUGACAAGCAGAACACUGAGGAGGCGCCACGAGACACGGCGAACACCGGCGACCAGGUUGACAAGAGCUCCGACAAGGCGUCCCUGGACACUGCGGAGACCGGCGGCCAGGACGAGAAGAACAACGAGGCUGCGCCGACGGAGAAAAAGGAGGAGGCCGGCGGUCAGCCUGACAACUUCACCGAGAAGAGCAGCGCCGAAGAGACGCCGGCCUACGCAAAAGAUGCCGGCGACGACGGCACGGCGAAGAACCAGACGGCCUUCGACGACCGUAACGGCAACCUGGACGGUGACCAGAACGGCGACAAGGUCGUCACCGGCGACGACACGGCAGCUGCAUCGAAUAACCAAACUUCUUCCGUGGACCAGAACGACGCCGCCAAGAACAAGACAUCUGCAGCGCUAGAUGACACGAUCUCUCGAGAAGCCGAGCUGGUUCCGACGAGCAGUAGCACCACUACCACCGAAGGCGAAGAAAAGCCGGUGACCGAGCCGGUGACGGGCGGGGACAAAGAAACGGUGGAGCUGGUACCGAGCGGACAAGCAGAGCUUCUGAACGAGACGACGACAACGGCGGCGCAGAACGGCACGUUCCCGUCACAAGCCACGGAGUCGAGGGAGGAGAAGAAGAAGGCGCGCUCGCGCAGCAGCAGCAGCAAGGACAGCAACGGCAACGUCGUGGUCGGCGAGACGUCGACGGAGGAGUCGUCGUACGCGUGGAAGCUCUGCAACGCGAGCACCGGCGCGGACUACAUCCCGUGCCUGGACAACGAGGCGGCCAUCAAGCGGCUGCGGAGCACCAAGCACUACGAGCACCGCGAGCGGCACUGCCCGUCCCCGGAGCCGUCGUGCCUGGUGCCGCUGCCGGAGGGGUACCGUCGGCCGAUCCCGUGGCCGCGCAGCCGCGACACGAUCUGGUACAACAACGUGCCGUACACGAAGCUGGCGUCGUACAAGGGGCACCAGAACUGGGUGAGGGUCUCCGGCGACGGCGAGCACCUGUCGUUCCCGGGCGGCGGCACGCAGUUCCUCAACGGCGCGUCGCACUACAUCGACGUGAUCCAGGAGGCGCUCCCGGCGGUGGCGUGGGGCACGCGCAGCCGCGUGGUGCUGGACGUGGGCUGCGGCGUGGCGAGCUUCGGCGGGUACCUCUUCGACAAGGACGCGCUGACCAUGUCGUUCGCGCCCAAGGACGAGCACGAGGCGCAGGUGCAGUUCGCGCUGGAGCGCGGCAUCCCGGCCAUCUCCGCCGUCAUGGGCACCAAGCGGCUCCCGUACCCCGGCGGCGCCUUCGACGUCGUGCACUGUGCGCGGUGCCGCGUGCCGUGGCACAUCGAGGGGGGCAAGCUGCUGCUGGAGGUGAACCGGCUGCUCCGCCCCGGCGGUCUCUUCGUGUGGUCAGCGACGCCGGUGUACCGGAAGGACGAGGAAAACGUCGGGAUCUGGCAGGCCAUGGCCGCGCUCACCAAGUCCAUGUGCUGGGAGAUGGUGACGAGGACCAGCGACACGGUGGACCAGACCGCCUUGGUCAUUUUCAAGAAGCCGUCCAGCAACGAGUGCUACGGCAAGAGGAGCCACCAGGAGCCACCGCUGUGCGAGGAGUCCGACAACCCCGACGCCGCAUGGAACAUAACGCUGCAGUCGUGCAUGCACAGAGUGCCCACCGAGUCGGCGGCGCGAGGCUCGCGGUGGCCGGAGCAGUGGCCGGAGAGGCUGACGACGGCACCCUACUGGCUGAGCGACAGCCAGGUCGGCGUCUACGGCAAGCCCGCGCCGGACGACUUCGCCGCGGACACGGAGCACUGGAGGAAGGCCGUCAACAGCUCGUACCUCACCGGCAUGGGCAUCGACUGGAGCAACGUCAGGAACGUCAUGGACAUGCGGUCCGUCUACGGCGGAUUCGCGGCGGCGCUGCGGGACAUGAAGGUGUGGGUGAUGAACAUCGUGCCGGUGGACUCGCCGGACACCCUGCCGAUCAUCUACGAGCGCGGGUUGUUCGGGGUGUACCACGACUGGUGCGAGUCCUUCAGCACAUACCCGAGGUCGUACGAUCUCGUCCACGCCGACCAUCUCUUCUCCAAGCUCAAGUACAGGUGCAAGCUGAGGCUGGUGGUCGCCGAGGUGGACCGGAUAAUGAGACCGGAGGGGAAGAUGAUCGUUCGAGAAGACAGGGAGACUGCCGAGGAGAUCGAGAGGAUAGCAAAGUCUCUGCAUUGGGAGGUCCGAAUGGACGUGUCCAAGGAGGGGGAGAGGCUACUCUGCUUCGAAAAGACCAUGUGGCGACCCACCCAAGUCGAAGCACAGAGUUAG